ACACAGCCCUUGGUCUCUGGAACCCUGACUAUUAGGAUGAGCCUUCCCAGCAGCAGAUCCCCAGACACGGACAUUGGAAAGGCCACUCCAAGACUGUCUCAGCCAGGGCCCUAACUACAAGCUCUGCUUCUGGAGACGUUUGCCAGGUGCCAAAAACAUCUCCGGUGCUCCGUCCAGGAGCAGCCAAUAGAGAGGGCAGCCCGGCCCCCUCCUCCUCUCCCCCAGUGGCAUCCCAGCCUCCUGCCUCUCUCUCUCUCUUCCCUCCCCACUCCUCCCUCUCGCCUGGGCUGCCUGCCUCAGAAGUGAGGACCUGGGAGGGUGCAGGACGCCUGGUCUGCCCUGUGGGUCCUGGACGGAGCCCCCACCUCUGCAAAGAUGACUUGGAAACAGGCCCUCCUGCUGUCUUGCUUCUCCGCCGUGGUGCUCCUGUCUAUACUGAGAGAGGGAACCGGUGCAUCUGUGGGCACCACACAGGCGGCGGAAGAAGAGGCGAGUGAAGAUGCAAAACAGAAGAUUUUCAUGCAGGAAUCAGAUGCCUCGAAUUUCCUCAAGAGGCGCGGCAAGCGGUCCCCCAAGUCCCGAGAUGAGGUCAAUGUGGAAAACAGGCAGAAGCUUCGGGCUGAUGAGCUGCGGAGAGAAUAUUACGAGGAACAAAGGAAUGAAUUUGAGAACUUUGUGGAGGAACAAAACGAUGAGCAGGAAGAGAGGAGCCGGGAGGCUGUGGAGCAGUGGCGCCAGUGGCACUAUGACGGCCUGCACCCAUCCUAUCUCUACAAUCGCCACCACAUCUGAUCGCGUCGUGAAGCCAGCCAAGAAGAUGAAGCUUGUAGCACACAUUGGCAUCCCCGUGUUCCAGCAACCUUCCCCAUGCAAACUGGCCCUUCAGAGGGUCUCGGCCUGGGGUCUGCAGUGGCCGGCAGCCCUGGAAAAGACACAUGCCUUUCCUUCCAGUGUAUGAAAGUGCCCUGACUUUCACCUCUUUGCAGACCGUCUUCUGAGGUGAGCAACUGCCUGCAGGGCCUCCUAGCACCAAACCUACAGUGGCUUCCCCUGGCUUCGUUCCCAAGCAAAAGAAUCACAGUCAAGAAUUACAUAUUUGCUUAUGGCUUACAAAUAAAAACGCUGAAUCAAC